AUGGCGAAAGCGUCUGUUUCUACCAAAGAAACGGCCAACUACGCCCGUUUGUGUCGCCUGCUGGUGGAUAUAGGUUCGGAGGUACUAAGAGAUGUAUUCGAUAGACUGCGUCCAAAAGGAAGCCUUAACAAAGUUUUAAUAACUCCUCCGGUAGAUUUUACGCUUGCCAACUUAAAAAGGAAACGAAUUCUCAACCAGGCUCAGUGGUCAAUAAUCAACUCAUCGUCAGUGUCAUCAGAGCAAUUUGACAUUUCCAUGCUAGCUGUCCUUCUUAAGAAUAUUUGUGGUCUUUCUCCACCGGCGUCUGGCUGGAACACUCUUCCGCACACAGCAGACAAUACAGAGGCAGCCGAUAUCGCCCGUGUCACGAUUCUCCGGAACGAAAUCUAUGCCCACGCCAAACAGGCUUCUGUUGAUGACGUACAAUUCGAACUGUACUGGAUAAAUAUCAAAGAGGCUUUGGUGAGACUCGGAGGAACCACCUAUGAGGUAACCAUUGAUAAAUUGAAAACUGAGGGGAUCGACCCUGAGAAGGAGCAAUACUAUCAGCAGCUUUUGAAAGAAUGGAAGGAAAAUGAAGAGAGUGUUAUGGACGAGCUUGGUGAAAUAAAAGGUCGACUGGGGAUCAUCGAUUGCCAAAUACAGAAGCUGGACGAAAAAUUAGAUUUUGCAAUGCCAGUCGCAGUAUCUGCCGAGGAUUUUGACGUUCAAGGUUAGUACCUAAUACUAUUUUUAAAUCAUGGAAACAGUGACAGUUCCCAGCAUUCGUUACUGGGUGGCGCAAACUUUCGCAAACAGGGUUUCGUGCAAUAUUCUCUAGCCUAAUAUGAUCUUUCCACUCUGUUAAAGGCCAUGCAAAGACCUAACUAACUAAUUAACUGAUUUUAUCGCCAUAGUGAUUUAAAGUUUCGUCUAACUAGCUACCUUUUCUUGAUUAAUUCAUUCAGUCAAUCGAGCAUCCAUUUCAUUCGCUCAAUUAUAAGUUUAUCUAUCCGGUGUUAUCGAUUGAAACCUCGCAUGUAUAAUGUACAAUUCUAUCUUGCAAAACUUAGUUCUUGCACGGAAAAAAAAUCACGCGCAAUCAAAUGCCGCCAAAAAUAAUCUCCCUAUUGCUCCAAAAAGGUUGCUUUCAAUGAACCUGUGUUACUGAGGUAUCUUGCAUAAGGCGUAAACAAAUAAAAAAUACUUACACUGGUUGUUAUUAAGAAAAAAACUAUACCCAAAGCCGCGAAAGGGAAAAAGCAUGUAAAGAUCUCGCGGUUUCACACAACCGUUUUCACUGCACCUCUUCUUUACGCCUUAAAGCAAACUCAAAACCACUAGUUACCCAAGCUGAGAAGUAGUUUGUAUCGCUGAUAGAAUUACUUAAACAUGCCAUAAAUGUAGAUGAAAUUCCUUCCCACUCAUGGUAAAUAGAUGUUGCAACGAGUUAGUUUUCCAUGUUUUAUCUGGUUCCGGACAGAAGUUGACAUCUCAAAUACUCUGUGACAUACAGUAAAAAUCCUCUUACAAUUUCACUCCAAUGCUAGUGCUUUUAUCCAUUGUAGAAUGUAGAGUUCGUCUAGAGAAGCUUUACAACAACUUGAGCCAGGUUAACAUUACCCCUUGGGAUUCUGACAACACCGUACACAUCGAUGAAAUUUAUACCGAGCUGUUUUGGGUCAGGAACAACCGGAAGCCGAGUGGGAAGAAAGAAGAGAAACUUAAUGACUAUUCCGACGUUUUGAGGGAGCAGAAAAGCAACCCCUACUCAAACAGAUUUCUUGUAUACGGAAUGCCCGGGAUCGGAAAAUCCACCUUUGCCCAGAAAAUCGCUCUCGACUGGGCAAGAGGCAAAAAGGAAAUCCUUAAGAAGUUUGAUGUACUGCUGAUGAUCCCGUUACGAAAUGUUUGCGACAGUUCAACGUUCCGUGACAUUUUGAUUGAAGCCAAGCUAUUUUCCACAGAAGAUCAAAGAUUCAUUGACGGUCUCAACAGAUACAUCAUUGAUCACCAAAAUAAAGUUUUGCUGGUUUUGGAUGGUUUUGACGAGUACAGCGCCAGCGGGAAGUCGCCAGUGGUACAUCGCAUUUGGAUGGGGGAUGAGCUCCGAGAAUGCUUCGUCAUUUUGACGACGCGACCAGUAAAGGAAGAUGAUACCAAACGAUUCAGCCACUCGCAAUUCCAGAUCAAAGGAUUUGACUGGGCUCGGAUCAAAGAAUUUGCCAUGAAGAUCCUGGAAGACGAGCAAAAAGUAGAGAUGUUCCUUAAUUACAUAGAGAAGCACACACUGAUGGAGAUUGCAGAAAUUCCACUUCUUCUACUGAUGCUUUGUUUGGUCUGGAAAGAGAGAGAUCGCGAAGUUUUACCUGAGGCGAAAGUGCACCUGUACAAAGAGUUCAUCCAAACUCUAAUCAAUCACAUGGCUGCAAAAGGCAACGAGGGAAAGUUUGAAAGGAUCGAUGAUUACAAAGGUGAUCUUGAAAAAGUUGGAGAGCUAGCAUUUAAAGCUUUACUGAGAAAUUCUCUUGAGUUUGAUUAUGAACAUCUUCCUAUGGAACUUCUGAGUAGCAAAUUAAUCACCGUCGGCGUCAUUCAGAUCGUAAAGCUCUUCAGUGCAAAGCCAAAGAAGAAGGUUGCCUUUUUACAUAAAUCCAUUCAAGAGUUCUUGGCAGCUUGGUUUAUCAUUCACAGGCUAAUUCCCUCUUCCAAUGACGAUCUCUCAUGCAUGUCCGCCAUCGAUUCCACCAGAAAAGUGGUCGACUUUCUUGAGGUCCUCAAGUUUGUCUGCGAGUGGUCACCAGAAGGUUCAAGAGCAGUAUUGCAGCAUCUUGAAUGUUUGGGGAAGAGCCAGAAUCCUUCCAGAGACGACAUAAGCGAAACCCUAUUCCUGGAGGAUCUGCCGGACGACGACAGGAAAUUAUUAAAGUUAAGCUUGGAGUGCUUUCUUGCAACACCCAGUGAAUCAAAGGCAGCUGUCUACCCGUCACUUUUGAAAUCUGUCAGUGGCGUUGUAGUAAUACCAGACACACUCCUGCCUCGAGUGGCCGACGGUCAUAUUGUUGAGGCUAACGCCCUUCCUAAUUGUGUUCUACUCGAUUUCCAAAGGCAUCCAUCCUUGAAAGACCGCGGUUACAUAGCCUCCAUUAUGGAUGAUCUUAACUCAGUAAUCGUAACUACGUCAGACGAAGGAAAGGCUUCGGACUUCGUAAGAAGACAGACCAAAGUCGAACUAUUGCCCUUUCUGUUCUUAAAGUGCAAGAGAGAUAAGAUGUGUCUUUACUUCUCUCAGAUUUCCAGCGUUGUCAUCAGUGCAUUGAAUGAGGUUACAUUAGCAUCGAUGGGUAACAUUCAUCAUACACGCACGGAUCAUAAGGAAGCACAAGGCAAUGAUAGAGCGACCGAAGAUGAAAGACGAGCUCGCCGGCACUGCUUUUCAUUGGCGAAAAAAAUUGACAUUGAUGAAAUACAUGGUGACAUGGCUAUUUCUCAUGUUAUGCCACUUCUUGCCAGACCCCGCGAGAUAGCGUUACAAAGCUUACACGAAUCCUCUGAGCCUCAGGUGAUCGAAUGCCUUGUAUCAGGAAUUAGCAUCACGGAGUGUCUUCAACGUUUGAGACUCCACAAAAUAUGCUUGACACCACAAUCCUUGCCCCUUCUCACGGAUGGCUUCCAUAAGGCUAGUAACCUGCAAGAGUUGUACCUAUCCGAAAAUCCUUUGGGAAACAGUAUUAGAUGCCUGGCAGACAAUCUUCAUCAUGUGCAGAACCUGACUGUUUUGGAGUUGUCAAAUGUGCUUAUGGAUGAAAAAGCCUUCUCAGACCUUGCCUAUUCCUUGUGCCAUGUUCCUAAUUUGAAAGUACUUUCUGUGUCUCGAAACCAACUGCGAACUUCGAUCUCAGAGUUGGCAGACAAUUUGGAGUACAUUCCUCACCUCACCGAUUUGGAACUAAGCAAUACACAGAUGGAUGAAGAAGGAGCAAGGGCCCUCGCUAACAACUUACAAGUUCUUACAAAGUUAGAAAAUCUGGACAUUUCCCACAACCCUCUGGGAAGUGCAGUUGUUGUGAUUGCAGAUAAUCUUUACAGAGCAGCCUGCCUGACUGAGCUCAACAUGACAGACACAGAAAUGGGUGCCGAAGAGAUUACCGCAUUAACUAGCUCUCUAAGGUCCUUUCAAAAUCUUAGAGUACUGUCCGUUGGUUACAAUCCAUUAGCGCAAGGAGUAUGUGAUCUAGUCAAGAAUCUCUAUAAGAUCUCAAAACUCAAGCGACUGAACUUGGAGAAUGUUGAGAUGGGCGAAGAGGAGGUAGAUUGUGUCAAAAACGUCUGGAAAAGAAACCAAAGUCUGACCAUUGCUAAUGAUUAUUUUGUAAGUACCUGAUGCGUUUCUUAUGCGUUUCCUCCACACUUGAGGGUUAUCAUAUUAUAUUUAGUAUUAACAAGAUUUAUGUAGACUAUUACAGCAAACAAACGAACGAAAUCGCAUGUUUUUAAAACGGUCGUCUGAAUGUGAAAAUUAAUUCCCAAAAGAGAUUUCAGUCAUCUAAAACAGAAAAAUGCUCUCGGAAAAAAAAUAGAACUCACAGUGUUCGACCUUCGUUUUUAGGAGGUCACUUUAAUUAAUAAGCUCUGCGAUUACGCAAAAAAAAAAACAAGGGGAUAUUUAUAUAACGCGAAUCCAUUCAGAUGUUCUUCCGUCAUGUCUUAGUCAGAUUGACCACGUGCGGCCCAAGCUCAAACUGUGAGGUAACCAUCUUGCAAAAUAAGAGUCACGGCGAAAUUAUAAUAGUUCGUAAGGGACUAUUUACGACCGCUCAAAGGAAUAAAAAGAUCCUGUCAAAUGCAGUCAAAUUGGUCCCCAGCGGGGCACAGUUUGCAAAGGAGGCAGGGUUAUCAAGCUGGUUUCACGGGGAAGAUUGAGUUUGUAGUGUGUUGAAAUGAGACCAUAGUAUAUGUGCUUGAAUUCUGCGUUAAAUUUGUGGCCGCCCGGUUAUUUUGAGCUUGGAUUUUUUGCAUAUCGGGCGAUAGGAAAUGGAGUCUGCAGCCUUUGGCUUCUCUUAUGUAGUAAACGUAGAAAUAGAUAACUCGCUAAAACGGGUUCUUUUUAACAUAGUAAGCGGUCAAAUAACAAGCGAUGCACUGUGGAAGUAAGGUGACGUAGUUUUAUUGAGAAUUUGACUGUUUUUUAUUCCUAAGAGCGGUAAUAAAUAUUCCCAUAUAAACCCCCUAUAAUUUCGCCAUGACUCUUAUUUCGCAAGAUGAUCAUCUCACAGCUGAAGCUUGGACUGGCUGUGGAUUGACCAUUUAAAAUUUAUUUCGUGCAUUUGCGUUACAACAGGAUGAAAAAGGAGAGCCGAAAAAAGGACGAAGUGCAGAAGAAGCAUUGCCAGCUAAUUAUAGUCGUAGUAAACCAGCAGCCUAUGGCGACUUUGACGACUAUAAUGACUAUGAUCCCGGAUUUGAUGACUAUGAUACCAACUAUGAUGACUAUGAUCCCGGGUAUGAUGACUUUGAUCCCAGCUAUGACGACUAUGAUCCCGGCUAUGACGACUAUGAUCCCGACUAUGGUGACUGUGAACCCUACUACGACGACUAUGGUCCCAGCUAUGACGACUUUGGUGCUGAUGAUUGAUUCUUUUUCAUAAAGUGAGUGAGUAUGAGAGGCACCAUAAUGGCACUAGGAGGAGUUGUGAGGAAUUUCACAAUUUUUCAAGGUAACCUUCCUGCAAACUCUUUUAAACAGGUAUACCUUAAGUCGUAGAGGACUGGAAAAUGAGAGCCAAUGAUGAGACUUUAUAUUCUAGAAGAAAUACACCUAAUUUCAAAAUGGCAGCUGCCUCAGAUGAUCCUUAUGCUUAUAAGGAAAAAAUGCCUCAAAACUGCUGUGUUUCAGAGUGUACAAAGAAGAUUUACGAAGAGAACUGAAUGAAAAUAUCUUUUCACAAGUUCCCAGAAGACGAAGAUCUGUUCAGAAAGUUGAUAGUCGCGAUAAGGAGAGAUGUUGGAAAAGAUUUUAAAGUGAUCGAUCAUACUCGGGUUUGCUCAAGGCACCAUGAUAGCACUGAGAGGAAUGUUAGGAAUUUGACAACUUUUUAGAGUAACCUUUCUGGAAACUAUUUUAAACAGCUUUACCUUGAAGCCUUGGAGGACUGGAAAAUGAAAACAAAUAAUUAGACUCGGCACCGUGUGAAGUAGGUAGAACUUAACAUUCUUCAUGCGUGCGUGCUUUUAAUUCAGAAUGAAGCAAAGUAGAAGAACGUUUGUUAGAACCUUACGAAAGAAAGUUUGGAGUUCUUUUUACGCGUCCUCGUGGACUCAGCUGCUUCGUUGGUAUAUUUGAAAAGGAGACCACUUGGUACGAACCAGCAUCAUGAAAAACAAAUACAACUGUGAACUUUUUUAAACGAACAUUUAAAGAAACAUUUGCUUUUUUUUACAGAAUUCUAACUUGAGGCCGGGUUUUUUUUACACCUUCAGUACCAGGGAUUUGACUGUUACCCCCUUUCGACGUACCGAGUACAUUAUGUAGGCACACUGCAAAUUGUGUAAUGUACUCAGUUCGUCACGUGGGCAGUGAAGGGAAUAAUUGGAGAUAAGGUACAUUUCUAUUUUAAUUGAAAAGAAAGAAAUAUUUAUCACGAAUGCAGUUACACAUUUUUUCAUAACUGAGUCGAAUAUAGAUUUGUAAGGUAUCUCAGUAAUAUUCACCUUUGUUUGGGUUCUAAUUUGGGGUACAGCCUUAUAAAAAAGAAUUAAACAUAUGAACAGU